CAGUUCAACAGUGAAUCAACACCGAAGCGAUUGGGCAACUGGCAGGUCCCACGAUGGGCGCCAACAAGAGCAAGACCUUUAGAAAUGCGACCUGAUCCCAAACCUAUCUGUGAUAUCAACGGCCACUUCUUACCAGGAGCUCCGAGAGGAACAUCGCGUUGUUUUGGCCAUUACACCGGCACCUGGGAGCUCCCAAGGAAAAUAACCAGAAAAGUUGCGGAGGAGCUAGCGAAGGAGCCACCCAAUGGAAGAUUUCCAGAUUGGUUGAAUCUUCGUGUUCAGAGGCCGAAAGUGAUUGCUAAGACGCGCCUGCGCGGUGGGAAACGCGGCAAACCUCAGAAGGAACCCACUGCGACUGAAUUGAAAGAUGCCGAGCAGACGUUCGAAAAGGAUAAAGCGGAACAGCAAACGGAAACCUAUGGACAUGAUAAUAAUAUAGUCCAGAAAAAUAAUGAAGAGAAAGUCGAUGAUCCAUUAGAGUUGAAUAUUAAAAAGGAGCCAAUAGAUACAGAGGGUCGCGGGCCGUACGUCCCUGGUGCUCUGACUGACCCAGACAAAAGGCACGACAGUCACGAUAUUUUAGUAAAGGACGCUGUGGAACAAUUACACGGCCCCCAAGAGGACGACGUUGACAAAUUUUGGAAAAAAGUAGCCGAGAACGCAAAGAAAAAUGAUCAGCUUGAUGAACAGAAUAAUAUGAGAGACAACAAAACAAGUGGAACUCCUAAAUUGCCUCAAGUUAACGUCGCACAAAACUUUCAAUUUGCUCGUAAGAUGCACGUCGGAAAUCUGGAGCAUCAGCCGCUGCCUGAUACUUUAGGAUACCGAAAUUUGACAAAAAUCGCAGAACAUCGUGAUUCUGAUAUCAUUGUCAAACCUUACGCCAUCGGUUGGAAAGGAUACGGUGCAUCUGGUCCUACCUGUUGUACUAAAAUGCGUGUACAUAGGCCUAAGACAUGUGACCCUAAGAAAAUGGAUGGUGAUAAAGCAGAAAGUCAGAGACCAUCAACAUCUGCCCCAGAUUUAGGAGGACAAUACACAAAACCUAUGUCUCUCAUGGACUUGGCCAUUUGCUGGGAUUUCAGACCAGAUGAUCCCAAAAGAGAACCGCGACCGCCAAAGCAUAUUGAUGGUUCAAAUGGUUCGAAAGCACCAGCUGUAUUUACAAUGGUUCAUACACCAAAAGAAGAGCACGAAGGUAUCAAUAUUGGUCAUACGAAUCCAAUUUUUAAUCAAAAUCGUGUAGUUGGCGAUGUUGGUCAUCAUCCGGUGCCUUAUUUCGAGAAGGACAUGGCAAAAGAAAGACGAAGGGAUUCUUGUGACGUUCAGCAUUGUCCUCAACAUGCUAGUGCCAAUGAAAAGGUUUCGAGAUCAGCAUCAUCCAGCAGAAAGAGUUCAGGCUCUGUAAAGAAGCCAGAAUGUGACGGAAUUCACGGAUGUGGUACUCCCAGUGAGAUAAGUCAUAAGUCAAGUCGCGGUGAUUCAAGGCCAGAGAAAUUGCAAUCCAUUAAAGAUGCUUGGAACACCAAAAUCAAAAAUAAUAACAGUGCCUAUGACGUAAAUCGUAAUCGCCAUAGUUUAGAGUCAUAUGAGAAGACACCGCUCGCACAAGGCAAGCUUCAUCACAGCUCACCAAAUGAAUCGCAACAAUUUUCGCGUCGUUCAACAAAAGACAGUGAUUUAUUGAAUCCUAAACACAAGAAUUGCGUGUCUUGUAAUGGGACAAAAUUAGUCCAAGACACGAAACAGAAGGAGGAUUAUAAGUUUGCGUUUAAAGCUGGCAAUCCUAAUUCAGUGCAGAGCGUGACUGGUUCCACUGACUCUAAAGGAGUUAAAAUGCCCAAGAUGCGUCACCCAUAUAGUAAGAAGUCGUAUACAAUCCCGACAUUAGCUCCUCCUUUUAGCAUCUGGCGGGAUGCGAACGCGACUGGGUACCCCGAGCACUGGCGACUAGCGAGCGUUUACCAACACGCAUACAAGCCACCCGAGCAACGCCGCAAGCCGCUUAUAGACAGUGUAUAUCAAUGA